UUUAGAUUGGUAAUUAUUUGUUUGUAACGUUAACAAUGGGUUAACGCAUAAUUAAUUUGUAAAUGAUUAACCUCGUUUAGAUCUGUCAACAUAAAUGUAAACAGAUUUCAACGAGUGGCGAAUGGCGCCAAAGCCUCCACCUUCCUUCAUGUUUUGAUCGUUGAUUACACUCGUCUCUUCUAUCGCUCGAUACGAAGUCGCGCUCCCCCGCUAUUGUGCAAAUCAGGUAAUCUGUCUUACCAAUUAUUAUUAUUAUUUAUUAUUAUUAUUAAUAAAUACGGCCUUUGCCAUUAUUCUUAAAACUAAAACCCCCCUAUUGUGUUUUUAUUCUAUUUUGUUUGGUUGAGCUUUGCAUCUUUCCCCGCAUUGGCGCAAACAUUGGUCCAUUCGUACCGGAUUACGAACGAGCUGUUGGUAGAAGAAGUAAUCGUUUUCUUCUUUUUUUCUUUAAUUGCAAAGCUAAACAUCAUCAUCACCAUCUAUACAGUCCACCACAUCAUCUCCUUAACAUCAUCAUCGUGUUUCUAUCAAAAACAAUCAGUAUGUCGGUGAAAAUCUAUUCGGAAGAAGAACUUUUGAAUGUUGAUGACGGUUUUGAUUAUAAUGAACCUCGGCCCACCGAUCCCCAAGCUGGAAUGUCGUCAGCUGCAGUGGAAGCAGCCCUUGUUGAGCCGAUCGCGGCUGUAAAAAUCUCAGAACGUGGGUCCGAAUCCGAUAAAGCGGAUUCAUCUGCGGCCCUCGCUGAACCGAUGCAAACCGAGUCCGAAUCCAUAGCAACGGAUUCAUCUGCGGCUCCGGUUCUUGAUUCACCCCCCAAAAAUGAUACAUUACAAACCGAGUCCGGAUCUUCGGGUCCAUCUGCGGCUCCGGUUGCCACACCUCAUUUGGAGGAGUCGGAAAAGAAUUUAAGGUCCGAAACCCAUAAGGUUUCAUCUGCGGCCUCACAUAAAUGUCGACUUUGUGAUCGCAUGCACCCGCUGGAUAGAUGUAGUGACUUCCGGGUUAUGAAUGUUGACAUGCGACGUCGCAUUGUCCUAAAAUACAAUGACUGCAUACGGUGUUUAUCUAAAUCCCACCAAGCUAGGGACUGCCGAAGCAAAAGAAAAUGUGCCGUAUGCAAUGAAGAACACCACACCCUCCUUCAUGAAGACACGAAGACCGUGGUUAAACCCACUAAUAAUCGUCAGCGUCGUCCGCGGACCGAGUAUAGGUAUCGGUCACGUAACAGUCCGUAUAGUCGUCCGUCUGAUAACGCUCCCCCCUCGCAGAUAGGAUUGGUCGGCUUGUUGUCCCUCCAAACAGGUAUCUGCCUAUCCCCGACUUUGAUAGUCAAAAUUAUGUCGUCCGAUCGACCCACUAUUGUGAGGGCGGUUUUGGACCCGUGUAGUAGGCAGAGUCAGAUAUGUUCCUCUUUGGUGCAUAAUCUUCGACUCCCUACUUCUAGAAUCGAAGGUAGCCAAAUAUGUCGGCUGACCGUUAGUUCGAUCUAUGACCGGAGUCAGUCCAUUUCAAUUGUGGCUGUGGUAACCAAUUUGGACCAUGCGCUUACGCCUACAGCGGUAAUCCCCGAGCGCAUUCGUGACUCAUUUUUAGGUCUUCCUUUGGCAGAUCCCGAUUUUAAUAGGCCUGGUCGGGUGGCCUUGGUACUCGGGCCGGAAGUUUAUGCCAGGGUCGUAACUCAUCGGGUGCAAGCGACGCCAGGGUUGCCGAUAGCCCACUACACCAUAUUUGGGUGGGUAUUGUCGGGCAUAUGUAACAUAUAGUGUUACACAAUGUUUUUGAAAAAAAAAAUUAAAUGAAUUGAGAAAUAAAAAAAAAAAAAUUGAAUUAAAUUGAAAUUGAAUAAAAAAAAAAAAGUUGAAAAAAUGUAUUUAUUAUUGUAUUUUAGUUACAACAUCUCAAUAUGUUGCAAGGUGGGCGGCAUGUUUAAUUUAGAUUGGUAAUUAUUUGUUUGUAACGUUAACAAUGGGUUAACGCAUAAUUAAUUUGUAAAUGAUUAACCUCGUUUAGAUCUGUCAACAUAAAUGUAAACAGAUUUCAACGAGUGGCGAAUGGCGCCAAAGCCUCCACCUUCCUUCAUGUUUUGAUCGUUGAUUACACUCGUCUCUUCUAUCGCUCGAUACGAAGUCGCGCUCCCCCGCUAUUGUGCAAAUCAGGUAAUCUGUCUUACCAAUUAUUAUUAUUAUUUAUUAUUAUUAUUAAUAAAUACGGCCUUUGCCAUUAUUCUUAAAACUAAAACCCCCCUAUUGUGUUUUUAUUCUAUUUUGUUUGGUUG